AUGAUCACUGCUGUGUCUCAACUUGAAAUUGCCCAUGACUCGCUCCUCACUGCGCUUAACCAUUACCUUUCGGUCUGCUCUUCCAUCAACAAAUCUCAAGUAUACAGUGCAUCACCGCAAGGCAAAUUUCAAGAGCUGAUAGGCUGCGUAUCCAACGAGCUAGCAUUAAUUCCAGAUCUAGAAAAGAUACUCCUCAAAGCAAGAGCAACCCUGGCUUCGACUCGGAACUGUGCACCUUGCAUCGCACCUGUCAGUCGCCUCCCGGACGACAUUCUCAUCCAGAUAUUCCAGUUUAUUACUGACGACAGAGGAUGUAACGCCUAUGACGAUGGUAGAGCACGUGCCUGCUCACCGUUCAGAUACCCAAGACUUUUGACGCAUGUCUGUUCCCAUUGGCGAGACGUCGCACUAACCUCGAAAUCACUGUGGGUACACAUCGAUAUUCCUUCGUAUAUUUCUUGCACCAAGGGCGCCAUCGCCAAUGUCAAGGAGUGUAUUUCCCAAGCAGGGGCACGUCCCCUAGACAUCCAUCUCGUUGAACCAGACAUCGACACACGACCCCCUCCGACUAUUGCCAAUCUAAGCCACAUUCCCCAAAUACUCGAACCCAUCUCGCCCCAAGUUCGAUCCCUAGAAUUCAGGCUGGGAAAACCUCUUCGAUCGCUCCAGUGUCCGGAGUCGAGUGCCAAGCGGUAUUCUCAUCUACUUUCCGCUGUUCUCAAGAAUGCCACAUUGGGAAGCCUUACGCGCUUAGCCAUAAGCCUGGAAAACACGUUGCCCGGCUCCACCUCUCAGCAUUAUUUCAUGGAGGGGAACGGAGGUGAUGAAGAUCACUCAGGCGGUUCACUAGCAUCGAGAGGAAAUAUAGCCUCAAUCUCGGUUUCCCAAAGCGACCUUGAAGCUCUGUUACUCUCGGUUACCAGUCUUGAGCUUAAAGGAAUUUAUCCCCGCUGGACAAGCCAGGCGUAUCGCGGACUUGUAGAACUUCGCCUCAACACAUAUAAUGGCGUAUCGAUGCCUGAAACAAUUCUACGAGCAAUCCUAUCGUCAAGUCCGGGGCUACGUCGUCUCGAUUUUGGUCUCAAAAUUACCCGUACACCUCUAGACCUCGACUAUCCCCCAGUGCUCUUGAGCGAGUUAGAAACGCUGGUUACUGGACAAAGGGGUCUUGAAGAACUUGGGUUGUUCCUUCGCAUGAUUAACCCUGGCUCACGCCCUCUUGCUGUAUACCUUGAUAAGCCUGGUAGAUGUUCGUCUCACCCAGAUAUCCCUCGAGUUCCAUUCAACUCCCAUAUCGAGGCUUUCUUUGCUCGCACAAAUGUAGAGAGGCUUAGCAUAGCGGGAACGUACAACUACUCUCAAGUUAUCGAACUGCUUGGACUAGUCCCUCGUGCCCGUAUGUUACUGUUGAACGGAUUAUGUCUCGGAAACAUCAAAUCCAACGCAUGCAUGGAGUUCUCGGGUCCACACCUCUCCCUAGAGAGUUUCUAUUUACUCAAUGGGGCUGUUAUUGCCCAACAUUUCCUAGCCUCGCUUAUUCAAUGGCACCGUAUCCAGCGUUUUAUAGUAGCAGAAGACUCGAAAGUAAUAGGUCCCGAUAGCCUGGACCUAGAAAAAAAUCUGCCGUUUAAAGAUGUGGCCUCACACCCCGAAUUUACCGUGGCGUUAAUUCCUCAAGGAGGGCGCUACCCGAUGGAGCUCUGA